GGCGCGUGUACGUCAGUGCUGAGACUGACCGCACGGCCUUAAGUUCCAGGUAGACGAUGUUGACGUUACCGCAGCUUUGAUUCACGCAUUCUCCCAGAGCUUUUCCGCGAUAGCGUUUAAUCGCCGUCUUUGUCAGUCUUUUACAUGGGAAUCUCCGUUGGGUUCGCCGGACUUUAUGUGGUUGGGAUCGAGUGCUGAGUGCCGUUGAAGUACGCGCACAGAACAAGUACCGGUUUCAUUCCAUCGUUAUUGCGAUAUUUAUUGUGCCCCCUGGUUCGCGCGUGCGUGUUAUGUGCAUGGGUGCGUGGGUGGUGUUUACUGGUGGUUCAAAUGGUUUGUCGCUCGCAAAUUUUUCAAAACGCUUAUCGGUCAGUUAUGUUUCUGGGAGAUUCCCUAAGAUUUUUAGUAAUGAGAUGAUCCGUACUGUUGCUACGAAGUAUCGCUGCGUCCGGAAGAACGAUUGAUUUUAAUUUUAUUUAAUGCAGGGAGAAGGACGAAAUUUUAAUGAUUUAAAGACGCCAUCACGGAAGGAUGAAGGAUGCCCCGCGUCGGAGGAAACGGAGCUGGCGGUGGAUGCGGAAACGCGGAGAAAACGGCGGAUCAGAACAGUGUCGGUGCAUCCGGAUUCAGCGGUUGGCUUGGCGGAGCGGCGAGAGCCAUGACCGGCGCUUCUGGUGGGAAUUACGUCGUUCUCGGUGGCACCAGAUAUGGAUUGCGCCUGUCCCAGGACAGCCUGCCGCCGGCGAGUUCGCGCGAGGAACUUCAGGAGCGUCGACGUAAGCGGCACUCGCACGAGAGCGAAUCUCGGGAGCGUUUGACGGAGGCGAGACCGAGCCUCGAGCUCGUCGGUAGCGACUGCUGCUGCAUCGGGCCUCGGAGCCGCCUCCUGCCCCUCGGCUCUCGCAUCCCGCUCUCCUGGGCAGGCGCCUCCGCGCCCCGCCAGCAGCAACUUCAUCACCAUCAACAUCACCACCAGCAACAGCAGCAUCAGCAGCAACAACAACAACAGCAGCAGCAGCAGCAGCAGCAACAGCGGCAACAACAACAGCAACAGCAUCACCGUCAGCACCAGGCGGCGCAAGCGACGCCGUCGGCUAAUAAUAGCCAACGCUAUUGGCCACAGAGCGGCGCGGAGUUGCCGGCAGUCAGUAGCAGCCAGGGCGCGCUCGGUCACGCUAGCGGCAACCCGAGCACGUCGCCCUUGAUCGCCUCGGCCUCCUCCUCGGUCUCCUCAUCCGCCUCGUCCGCCUCCUACUCCUCAUCCUCGUCCUCCUCGUCGCCGGCUACUCAACAGCAUCAUCAGCAUCAUUCAGCCUCAGCAGCAACAGCAACAGCAACAGUAUCGGCAACUGCAACAGCAACAGCAACCGCAACAGCAACAACUGCCGUGCCGGUUAGUAGCGCAUCUGUGCCACGGCAGCUCGCCCAGUGGACCAAACACCAGAGCCUACGGCUACAGGAGCCAGCGGUGACAGCGGUGGACCGGCUGCAGAGAUUCCGAUGGAGCGGCGGCAGCGGGGGCGCCGGCGCCGCUGGCAAGAAGUCGUCCUCGGCCCCGCGGACCAGCGACAAGACCGAGCGGCUGCGCGAGCUCACGGAGAAGCUUAAGGGCCCAGCGCCGGUUCCCCCGCCCAGGAGGCCCUCGCGCCUUCACGCGUCGUCAUCGCCGCCCCCGCCCCCACCGCCACCGCCCCCGCCGCCGCCACCUCCGCCAUUGCCACCGUCGCCAUUGCCACUGUCUCUACCACUCGGACGGCAGCAGGACGGCUGCCAGAAGAGCAGUACCACCAAUUCGCAGCGCAUCGAAUCGUUUUCCAUUAUCGAUAAUGUUUUCCGAAAAAUGGACGCGCGCUCACCGACGGUGACAGAUUCACAUACAGAGACUCAGACAGACACGGAGACGGACAGGGUCGACGCCGAGAUUAGUGAUCGUCCAAAGAUAACAAGGUCAGGGAACGGCAGCCACGGUUGCGUUCUCUACCCCCCCAGGAACGGCGAGUCUAGCACUCCAUCUAACAGUUGCCCUCCUAAUCGGCAGCAGCACCGCAGCGAGAGCAGUCGUACCGAGUCGUCGAGGAUCAAUUGCCAGGGCCAUGCUGUUUCCUCGGAGGCUGGCCAUCGGCUAGCCCGGAGCGAGAGUCAGGCCGAAGAGUCGGACUCUCGGGUGAACGGGAUCGCUUCUUGCUGUGGUGCCGGGGCGCGGCACUGCCGGCAGCACAGUGACUCCCUGGUGGAGGACGGCCUUGGGAGGCACGGCGAGCUCGUGGGUCCUCAGUGCGAGGCCAGGGACGCCCUUGCCGGACUUAUGGAGUCCAGGGGCCCGUCCUUGUUCUCCUGCCACAGGCAGGGCCAGCCUUAUCGGAGCGCCUCUUUUGGCCAGGCCGACUUCGCUAUAGGCAGCAGCAGACAAGUGUCCUCGCAAUCGAUUGCGAACUCGAGACGCGCAGCCUAUGCUGCGACAGCCGAGGAUAGGGAAGUGCGGGCGAACACAUUACCACGGGUGCGUCGCUUCGAGGACGGCAAUCCAGGUGCCUCGACUCAGAGCCUCGCGGACAGCGCUGUCGGCUCGUCAGCCGAGGCUCUUAACAAUGCUCGAAUUUCCGGCUCGUCCUCGUGCGCCACUGCCAGCGAGAUCGUCAGGCCACGCAGCGACGGCUCCGACAGCCUGGCGACGUCGAGCGCCGUCGCUAGUCCCGAGCCCGUGGAGCAGCGUCACCACGUGCCUACGACUACCGAUGAGAGCGUCGAGGGAACCCAAACGAUGCUGCCGGAGGUCGGUGAGAGGAAUUCCGAAGAGGGGACUAAAGAUAAUUCACAAAAAGAGGCCAGACUCGAACCGCACGAGGUGAUAAUAACGCCACCGUUGGAGGAGCUUCCACAGCCGCGCGUAGCCGAGGUCGCGUCCGAGGCCACGGCGCCGUUGGUCGCCACGACGGCGCCGUCCGGGAAGCUCAGACGCUACCGGGGUGACACGAGCAAGCGCCGCAAGGGCGUCUACAUCACCCAGUGGCCGGAGCCGGUCUCCGAUGCCGAGCUGCGCAGCAAACUAUCUGGUCAGAGUAGCGAGGAGCGGGACGAGCCGCCGCCCUCCGCGACCCCGAGCGAUCUCUCGGACUGCGAGGGACAGACGCCGAGAAGAUACAGCAAGCGUCCGCUACGAGGUCCGUACGGCCAGAUGCUCGAGGCGGAAAUGGCGAAGCCCCGGCCGACGGACAUCGGCGCCUUGGACGAGAGCCUGCACCAGCGGCGCAAGGUCUCGGCCAACCUCUCCUUUAAUGCGAACAGCAGCGGGAGCGUCGAGGCGAGUCCGACGCCCUGCCACCAUCGCACCACCUCGAGCCCGAGCAAGCUCGAGGGCCUUCCCGGGCCCAGCCCCGAACUCCUCGCCGAGCUCCUGCGGGGCUCCUCCGAGAGGGUCGCCCGCGUUCCCGCUCACCGAGACGAUACGCGUACUCAUGUGGUCGUCGAGUUAUAUGACACCGAACGUUCCUACGUAGAGGCCUUGCAAAUACUAGUCAAUAAAUACUUGCAGCCGCUGAAGAGUACAGAGAAUGCACAUCUCGUGGAUGCCGGAAUCGUUGACGAGAUAUUCUAUCAGGUCCCAGCAAUUCUCAGCCAUCAUGAAGUAUUUCUGGAGGAAUUACGCAAGCGCUUGGAGACUUGGGAGCUACGGCAAACAAUCGGCGACGUUUUUCUCGAGGUGUUCACCAAACCCGUGGUUCUCGAAACUUACGCGCUCUUCCUCGACAAUUGGAAAUCCGCGAAGAAAGCUAUUAAGACGACAUGCCAAGCCAAACCGGCUUUCGCCCGUUUUCUCGAGACCAUGGAGCGCGAGCACAAGGGAAAACUUGGCUUGGACCAACUGCUGAUCAAGCCCGUGCAAAAGAUCCCGCGCUACGAGCUACUGAUCCAGCGGCUGCUCAAGCACACUGACACAUCACAUCCGGAUUACGAGCUACUUACCGCCGCACUGAAGGAGGUUCACGAGCUCGUCGUAAAGAUCAAUUGCACGGAACGGGAGUCACUCGAGUGGGAGCAACAACAGACGACCUUGAAGGAGGUGCAGUCCCUUGUUGAGGGCUUGGCUGGAAUUGUAACCAACGACAGGGCUUUCAUUCGGCAUGAUCUAGUAAGUAUUGCAUCGAAUCAAGGCACGCGGAAGGAACGGGGGCUUUUUCUGUUCUCGGAUCUUCUCGUUAUCACUAGCAUAAAACGACGAAGUGGAACUAUUAGGAAACCAUCUACAAGCUCUUGUCCAAAUAGUUUAGUUGGAUUAUUAGAAGCGAACAAAUACAAGAUGCUAAUGAGGAUUUCAUUAGAUGAUUUGGAAGUUAUGAAAGCCAAAGAUGAGAACCUGAGACGUAUGGCGCGUGAAGUCGAUUACUUAAGAGAGGAUUGCGCGACCCUGAAUCAGUUGCAGGAGCUUGCAGCAACUCUACACGGAGCUAAACAGCAGCUGGAAGAUCUCAUUAGGGAGAUGCUUGGGCAGACGCAAAAACAAUUGGCAGAACGAAAUGCGGCUCAUUCGCAAUUGGCUUGCUUAGAGCUUACGCUCAAUACACAAGCUGGGAUGGAAAAUAUUUCGGUAAUGUUUGCAAAGCCAGAUAAACGAGCCAGUUGGGAGGAAAGCUUCAACGAAGCUAAACAAAAAUUAGCUGCCUCGACGGAUCGCAGACCAGUACCUGAGUUCGUUGGGCCGUUGCCAAUCAGGAAAACGCGAGCGGGUCUGCAGUUUACGUGCGCGGCCCCGACGCUCGCCAACAGCCAGGGCGUCCGAGAUGUCUGGGUUUGCAAUAGCGACGGCUACGUCGGCCAGGUCUGCGUGCUCAGCCUAAGUCCCGAGCCCCCGCAGGUUACCUCUUGCAAUGGUGUGUGCAACGCGAGGAUCCUCUGUGUCGCCGGGAUUCCCGCCUGCACGUCCGUACCGAAUUCCUGUGCACCUAUUAACAAUGCCUCCAUAAAUAAUAAAAGUGGUAUCGGUGUCGUGGUGCAAAAUACGGACACAAGUAGUGGCAAUAUUCAACUGGACAGCUCAAGUUCAGACGACUCGGAUUCGGACGACAUUCCAUGCGCGGACACAGCGAGCACGUCGUUUGGCGGCGACGUGUCGAGCCUCGAGGGUGGCACCAUCGACGAGGACUUUAACCAGCCGACCAUGUGGUUGGGUACCGAGGAUGGCUGUGUGCACGUCUACAAUUGUAGCGACAAUAUACGAAUUAAAAAAAAUAAGAUUAAAUUGCAGCACGGGAGUAGCGUACACUGUAUUAUAUAUUUGGACAAUAAAGUAUUUGUAUCGUUGGCGAAUGGCGACAUUACCGUCUAUUCAAGGGACCAUCUCGGCGGUUGGAAUACAAUGGAUCCGACGACUCUGUCCGUCGGCACGGUAGCGUCGCCCGUCACGAAAAUGCUGCCCGUCUCGGGUAAGCUCUGGUGCGCCAAUCACAAUACCAUUAAGAUACUCAAUACUUACACCCUGGACAUCGAGCACGCAUUUUGCGUGGGCAGCGACAACAAUCGGCCGAUUUCCUGUAUGGCGAGCUCUGGCGGACUGGGAGUAUGGAUAUCGCUGCACAACAGCGCGGUCCUCAAACUGUUUCACGCGGGCAGCUACGAAUGUCUUGCCGACGUCAACAUCGCACCUCCAGUGACAAACAUGCUUGCCAAUUGCGAUGACAUAAUACGACAGCACAAGGCCGCGUGCUUAAGGGUUACCGCAUUACUGGCGUGCAACGAACUUUUGUGGAUUGGUACUAGCGCCGGUGUUCUUCUAACCGUACCCAUCCCUCACAUCAAGCCAUCGACGCAAAGGAUGUCGCAAGCACCCUCGGUUACUGGUAUACCCCACGGUCAUACUGGUCACGUGCGCUUCCUCACCUGCGUGGAAAUUGCUAGUCCGCCGAAGAUCGAACCACGCCCGAAGGUGAGCCGCUACUCGCUGAAGGGCGGUAGGUCUCUGGUGGCCCAACAAAGUAGCGUAAGCAGUUCGAGCAGUACAGGGAGCGCCGGCAGCUGCAUCGCUACCGAGCGCGGCCGUCUCCUCGUCAUAUCCGGCGGCGAUGGCUACGAGGACUUCCGCGGACCUCAGGCCUCGGCGGAGCUGCAGGCGGGUCGUGAAGACUCGACAAAUCACCUGCUGCUGUGGAAGGUUGGUAUAAUGAUAGGACGGCCGAGCCUAGGCCGAAUCAUCAUCUUCUACGGGCUAAAAGUGAAUUAA